UGACGCACCAAGCAAGGCCAGGUAGCAAACCUGCGCAUCCUCAUGGUUACUAGUCAGAUUAAUUUCCGCUGAGCCAUGGUGGGAACUCCCUGAACUCUUUUUCAUAAUAUUUUAUCAUUCCUAGACCAGAGCUAGAUAACUGAGAUGUUACAGUUGGAGUCAGGUGAGGCUGGAUUAAACAUUAACGGAGCUGCCACCACUGCCCAGAAGAACCAGUGCCCGAGUGAGCUGCAGAGCUGUCUGGUGGUCCUACUAAGGAGGUGGUGACCAGUGACCAUGGCUCACUUUUCCGAGGUCCUGGCUGAAAUCGGCACCUUUGGUCGCUUCCAGGUACAGCUAUUGAUACUGCUGAGUGUCCCCAACUUCCUGACUGCCUUCUACAUGUUUGCUCAGGUCUUCAUGGUCCUGGAUGAGACCCACCACUGUUCAGUGGCCUGGGUCAAGAACCAGACUCUGAACCUGAGCACUGCUGAGCAACUGGCACUGAGUGUGCCACUGGAUGCUGCAGGCAGCCCCGAGCCCUGCCUCAUGUUUCAGCCACCCCCUGACGGUGCCAGCCUGGAAGACAUCCUUAGCCACCGUUUCAACAAGACACAGCCUUGCAAGACAGGCUGGGUCUAUCCUGAAGGCCGGCCCCGGUCCCUAAUGAAUGAGUUUAACCUGGUCUGUGAUCGGAAGCACCUGAAGGAGACCUCCCAGUCAGUGUACAUGGCUGGCCUUCUCGUUGGGGCGCUCAUCUUUGGGCCCCUCUGCGACUGGAUUGGUCGGAAGAUCACUGUGCUGCUCCAGCUGUUACUCUUCGGCAUCCUCGGCCUGAGCACAGCCUUUGUGCCCAGCUUUGAGCUCUACAUGGCCCUGCGCUUUGCUGUGGCCACAGCCGUUGCUGGAUAUACCUUCAGCAAUAUCACCCUCCUUACAGAGUGGGUAGGACCCUCUUGGAGGACUCGGACUGUGGUUGUGGCCCAGUGCUCCUUCUCGGUGGGACAGAUGGCCUUAGCCGGGCUCGCCUAUGGCAUCCGGAACUGGAGGCUCCUCCAGAUCGCGGGCGCCUCACCUGUCUUUCUGCUCUUCUUCUACAUCUGGGCUCUGCCGGAAUCUGCACGGUGGCUCCUGACCCAUGGGAGGGUAGAGGAGGCUAAACAACUGAUCCAGAAGGCAGCCUCUGUCAACAGGAAAAAACUCUCUCCUGAGCUCCUGAGCCAGCUGGUCCCAGAGAAGACCGGCCCCACGGGGAAUGCCCUGGAUCUAUUCCGACACCCCCAACUCCGGAAGGUCACCCUGAUUCUCUCCUACGUCUGGUUCGUGGACAGCCUCGUGUACUAUGGCCUGGGCUUCAAGGUGGGGGACUUUGGCCUUGACAUCUACCUGACGCAGCUAAUCUUUGGAGCGGUUGAGGUGCCUGCCCGCUACUCUAGCAUCUUCAUGAUGGAGAGGUUGGGCCGCAAAUGGAGCCAAAUGGGGACUCUGCUUCUGGGUGGUCUCAUGUGUAUUGCCAUCAUCUUUGUCCCAGCAGACCUGCCCGUGGUGAUCACUGUGCUGGCUCUGGUGGGCAAGUUUGCCACAGCCGCUGGGUUUACUGUGUCCUACGUGUAUUCUGCUGAGCUCUACCCCACUGUCAUCAGGCAGACAGGCCUGGGGCUGGUGGGCAUCCCCUCAAGGAUUGGGGGCAUCCUGACACCAUUCGUGAUCAUGCUGGACGAGUACCAUGCUGCCGCCCCUAUGCUCAUCUACGGCAUCCUCCCCAUCGGGGCUGGCUUACUCUGUGCCCUGCUGCCAGAGACACGUGGCCAAUCCCUGAAGGACACCAUCCAUGACCUGGAGCAAAAGUCCUACCCACGGUCUCAGAAGGACUCAGAAGGGGAUUUGGAGGCCUCAGGAAGUACUUCCAGCUCGGGGGUAGCUUUUGGAGCAACCCAUACCUCUGACUGUGUCUCCAAAGCCAGAUCAGCAGCAGCAGAGAGCUGCCUACACACUCCCCUGGAGACAGCUGGACCUGGGAGCUCAGCCAGCCUUGCUGAUGGAGACAGCACUCUGUGAGCUGGCCCCAGAGCCAGCCAGCCACUGCCCAGCCCAGUCCCAAAGACAUCCUCCUUGCAAAACCUUUCUCAUCCCCAGAGUACCCCCCCUCCCCCCGCCACCCCGGUGCCCUGUUCUAAGUUAGGGUCUUGGGUGUGUCUUGGGCUUAACUUGUUCUCUUGGAAAAUAUGGUUGCUCUCAUCCCCUCCAUCUGGGAUCCCCCUGCCAAGAUAACACAGUCAAGCCCAGAGCAGAACAGCUGGUAGUGCCUCCCAAGUAUGUUUGAGUAGGAAGAGAAACACACUUAAAAUUGUGGGCUUUAUCCAGGCAGGUGGAGGAAACACUGUGGAAGAAGGGACGGUUUGGAGUUCCCAUCAUGGUGCAGCGGAAACAAAUCUGACUAGGAACCAUGGGGUUGCUGGUUUGAUCCCUGGCCUCGCUCAGUGGAUUAAGGAUCCAGUGUUGUUGUGAGAUGUGGUGUAGGUCGCAGACAUGGCUUGGAUCUGGUGUGGCUGUGGCUCUGGCCGGCAGCUAUAGCUCUGAUUCUACCCCUGGCCUGGGAACCUCCAUAUGCCAUGGAUGCGGCCUUAAAAAGCAAAAAAAGAAGAAGAAGAAGGAAAAGGGAAGGUUGUACUUCCUCCAGUAGCUGGACCAGGUCUGUCUGGAUAAGGUGGGACAUUUGAUGCAGCUGAGAGGAGACUGAUGCAGGAAGAAUGGAAGCUUCAGUCUCUUUCUCUUCAAAGUUUCUCCUUCCCCUGCCCCACCCUCAGGGACCAAUGAUGGGGAGAGGGAGCGGGUUAGUUCUCUUCCUUUCUGGCCCCUCAUGCUUUUUAUGCUCUGCUAUUCUGGCUCCUGCAGCAUCCGUGCAGGCUGAGGGAAAGGGGCAGAGGUCUUCUUACUUGGCAGCCUCUAAUGGUAGUUCUUUCUGGACUUGCAGUCAUUAAUCAUCAGUCAGUGGCCCUGGCAGGCUCCGAAAAUUCCCUUUUCCACUGGAGUAGUUGAGGGUUCUCAAGUCUCCUCCCAGGACCUCUGCAUCAGUCCUUAGUAUGAGCAAUGUGCUGGCAACAGACCCUGGGGACCCCUCUUCACCUCCUGCCACUGUGUGGCUCCUCUUACUUUAGAGGACAGCCCUCUUAGAUGGGGUCCCACCAGGCUCCCUCAUGCCAGGCUAUCUUCUUCCAGCGUCAAUUUGCCCUGAAGGAACACCAUACAUCCUUAUGUCACCCCAUGGUGGAAAAAGAGCUCGUUCAGCAAAUGACCCCAGUCCCCAUGCCUUGACUUCAAAGGCAUCUCCAGCCACCCUCCCACCAAUGAGGUCCAGUGUUUCCUUCCCACUGGCACUACCAGUCCCCCAAAAUGUUCUUUCAGAUCCUUCCUCUCACACUCCCACCUGUUAAGCAGCCUGGAGGGAUGGUAAGUGUGGGACUAUGAAUCCAGCAUGAAAGCAUCCAACAAAGAAAAACGGCAGGGUGUCAUUACAAUAAUAAAGUUAAUUGAAACACUUAAAA